UGAGAGUGUUGGAACGUGCGGCCGCCAGACCCUCGCCAGCCGCCGCAGAGGAAGGACGCGUUACGAUGCUCGCCGCCAGGACACUCUUCUCGGCCCGCGGAUUGGCUGCCCUUGGAGUGAGAAGUCAGCAGAAGCACACCCUGCCAGACUUACCCUAUGAUUACAAUGCCUUGGAGCCUGUCAUCUGUGCCGAGAUCAUGCAACUCCAUCACUCAAAGCAUCACCAGACUUACGUCAACAACUUGAAUGUGGCUGAGGAGAAAUUGGCAGAAGCCCACGCUAAAGGUGAUGUGAACACAGUCAUCAGCUUGGCCCCAGCACUCAAGUUCAAUGGAGGUGGUCACAUCAAUCACACCAUCUUUUGGCAAAACCUCUCCCCAGAUGGUGGAGAACCUGAGGGUGACCUGCUGGCUGCCAUCAACAAAGACUUUGGCAGUGUAGAUGCCAUGAAGGCUCAGUUGUCAGCAGCAACAGUGGCUGUGCAAGGCUCAGGGUGGGGAUGGCUUGGAUUUAACAAGCAGAAAGGUUCUCUCCAGAUUGCUACUUGUGCAAAUCAGGAUCCACUUGAAGCAACAACAGGCCUCGUCCCCCUGUUUGGAAUCGAUGUGUGGGAACAUGCCUACUACCUGCAGUACAAGAAUGUGCGACCUGAUUACGUGAAUGCCAUCUGGAAAGUAGCCAAUUGGAAAGAUAUUUCUGCAAGAUUUUCUAAAGCUGCAUCUAAAUAGAGAAACCGACUGUGAAGACUGUAUAGUUAAGAUAAGGUUUAUUAUAUUUACUUGAUAUCUUUGUUUACCCGAGCAUUGUCAUUGUAUAUAAAAGGUUAUUGACACCCUGUUCACAGUUAGUUUUCUUUUUAAUCAGAAAUGGCUGUGAUGUCUCAGAUAUUUCACAAUGUAGUUUCAUAGUCUUAAUGUAAUUAAUAAUAAUAAUAUAAAAUCACUUCAGCAAAUAGCAAGCCCUUCUGUUAAAGAAAAAAAAAGUCCAGAAGCAGAAAAAUAUAAUCUUGUCAUUUUACUUUGAAUAUUUUUUUUUAUAGGCAGUGUUGCUCAUUAAAGAAGUGUUAACAUUUCAUGUCUUCAAGCAUCUUUAUGCUACAUAAUAAUAAUUUUUUUAAAUAAAUACUGAUUCUUAUCCUUGGCUAUGUAUGUAACUGCAAGUGAAUAUUAAGGAGAUUAAAACAGUACUGAUUA